UACCCAAACAGAACUUAAGCAAGGGCCGGCAAUUGGUGUUCAGUAUUGUGUUCCCUCUUUUAGGAGGACUUACUCUUUUAAUUGUGGUGAUCAAAAUGUUAAUUAUUUGUCGAAGAAGGAAGAGAAGAAAUAACGAGAGCACAUUAAUUAGUUGUCCAAGAGGGGAGAGAAGAAAUCAUGAGAGCGUGGGGGAAUUUUGGAUUUCAACUUUAUCAGUCAUUGCAGAAAAGGUAACUUAUAAAGAAAUCAUGAGAGCAACUGAAAAUUUUGAUGCCAAGUAUUGUAUUGGGAGGGGAGGAUGUGGAAGUGUUUACAGAGCAGAAUUAACAGAAUGGCUGCUUGUAGCAGUAAAAAAAUUUGAUACUCAUUCUUUGCAUCCUGGCGAGAUGGCAAACCAAAAACAAUUAUUGAAUGAAGUUAAAACAUUAACGGAGAUACAUCAUCGAAAUAUUGUGAGAUAUUUUGGUUUUUAUUUGCAUGCUCAACACUCCUUUUUAAUUUAUGAGUACCUUGAAAAGGGUAGCUUGAAUAAAGUUCUGGGAUGUGAGGUAGAAGCAAAGGAACUGGGGUGGAGUAAGAGAAUAAGUAUUUUAAAAGGUGUGGCUCAGGCCUUGUCUUACCUACAUCAUGAUUGUUUCCCACCAAUUGUCCAUCGAGAUAUAUCAAGCAAGAAUGUGUUGCUUGAUUUAGACUAUGAAGCUCAUGUCUCGGACUUUGGAGCUGCCAAGGUUCUCCAGCCAGGCUCAACCAAUUGGACUGUAGUUUUGGGUACAUAUGGAUAUCUUGCACCAGAGCUUGCUUACACAAUGAAGGUAACUGAAAAAUGUGAUGUAUAUAGCUUCGGAGUGUUAGCACUAGAAGUGAUCAAAGGAAAACAUCCAGGUGAUAUUAUUCUUUCUCUGUCCUCUUCUUUGACUAGGGUGAAGAAGAACAGGCUACUGAGAGAUAUUGUGGACCAACGUCUUCCAUUUCCUCCACCUGCACUUCAUGCUAAACUUACAGCAAUUUGUAACCUUGCUAGUACUUGCUUGGAUGUCAAUCCACAAUUGAGGCCAACCAUGGACAUGGUUUCCAAGGAGUUAUGAGCACAAAAGGCAAUUUGUGGGUAUCUGCAAAAGCAGUGCGUUGUAAAAUCAGUUACUUGUGUAAAACAAUGCAAUCCUUCUGAACCCUCAAACUCCGGAGUAAUUUAUCAACAUGUAGUUUGAUUUUUAUCAGUUAUCACAA